AUGUUUUUCUUUCUGAAUUAUUUGUCGAAAGCAAUUCAAAGAGAUGUUUAUAAGGUGAUGACAGAUUCUUACCAUAAAGAAGGGCAGGAGGCUACAACCUCAACUUAUCAGGUCGUCUUUGAUAAGGUUGCUGAAAUCAACGCAUCUAAAGAGUCAUGGAACAUACGUGUUAAAGUCGUCAUGCUUUGGAAGCCGACCUAUGUAAACAAUCCUAAUAUGGUCACAAGCCUGAACAUGAUUUUAAUCGACCAGGAGGGAAGUAGAAUUCCAGCUACAAUAAAAAAAAAUCUUAUUCCAGUAUUUGAAUCCCUAUUCGAUGAAGGAGCUGUCCGGGAGAUCAUUAACUUCGCUAUGGCUAGCAAUGAAAGCGAAUACAUGCUUGUACCUCAUAAACAUAAAAUCAAUUUCUACAAAACCACGAAAGUUCGUGUAUCCAAUGAUUUUGUUGAUACAGUAGAUCCUUAUCAUUUUAUCUCUUUCCCAGAUUUGCUAGCCAUAAACUUUGACACUCGUGUUGCAUUUGAUUUUCUAGGUGAAGUUGUGUCAAGUGAUCCCAUGCGAGUCAUUGUUGAGUAUGGAAGAGAGAAAAGGUUAAUGAAUCUGGUUGCUCAGGAUUUAAGUGGUACGAGAAUUGCAGUCGCUUUGUGGGGCAGUUUUGCAAUGAAGUUGAAUACUUACAUUUCACAACAUAAUAAUGACAUUGCUCCUGUUAUUAUCCUACUACAUUUGGCCAAACUCAAAAUUUGGGGUGGUCAGCCUCAAGUUGGUAAUUGUUUGUUUGGGUCUAGAUUGCAUAUAAAUGAUGAUAUGCCUCAGAUUUUGGAGUUCAAAUCAAAAAUUAAUGCUUUGGAUACAAAUGUUGAGUCUUCUAGCUGUACAUCCCAGCUCAACUCAAAUACCGUUGUGGCUAAUCCAGAGGAUUACUACCUCCGUUUUCAGAUAAAAAACAUUGAUGAAAUUCCUGAUUUUAAUGAGGAAGUUGGUUUAACCAUUAUCGCUACUAUUAUUGGUUUUGAUAUGGAUGAUGGUUGGUAUUCAUUUUAUUGCCGUGAUUGUUCUAAAAAAGUUACUAAAAAUGAUGAUGAUGUUGAUGCUGGCCCUUUUCACUGUGAUGGUUGUGGAUUUGUCUCGGAUGUAUUUGGAAAGAUUAGGAUAGUAGUUCGUGUGCAAGAUGAAAGUGGCUCUUCUUCGUUUGUAUUGUUUGAGCGUCAUGUAAAAGAUCUUAUUCAUCGUGGAAACCAAUGGUUGAUGGACAAAAUAGCUAAGAACAACUAUCGUGCUUACACUGUGCAUAAGUCAACCGAUGAUGAAAGGGUUCUUGCUGAGGUGACAAAAAGGUCAUCAAAUCAUCAACAUGAUCAUAUAAAUGAUAAUGGUACUCCUGUUAACAAGCCAAAUAAGGAAAAUACCAAUUCUGUGCAUGAUGACAAUCUUGAUGUUGUUGACCUUGAAGCUGUAACACCAUCAUCGAGUACGGGGAAGCGCCCUAUUGAGAUUGAUGCCAACAAUGACUCUUUGGAGUGGUCUUCUUCAAAAACUUGUGUUGUACGGGAUACCUUGAAGAUCCCAAAGUUGGAAAAGUUGGACUAA